UGAUGAUCCCGACCUACGGCAAAGAACAAUAGCGUCGUUUGGGAUUAAGAAAAUGUUGGCCUUCAGUAAACAUUCAAUUGAGCCCAGUGUUCGGUCCUUGAUUGGAUUCUCGACCGUCUGAAGUCUAUAUCGUUGAAAUCUUUCUUCUUGUCGGUGAUGGUAUGAACAUUCAACUGUGCGGAGUCAAGAUUCCAGCAUGGGAGAAGCAGCGGGAGACGGUUUCGUAUUGAAUCAUGUUGGCGGCGAUGUCACUGAAAUCCUCGUACCUGACCUUGCAUUCAAGACUUACCAGGACCAAGUAGAAUACCUACUACUUGCGUGGUCUCUGUACUUGGGCCGUGGUAGCAUCACGAAUGAUGAGUUUCACGCAUAUUGGACCGUCCUCUCCGGCGACAAUGGUACUUCCAGCGCGGCACCAGUGCAGAAGGUCUUACCACCUGGGUUUAACUUGGAUGGGACGAUGACAGCAUCUCACGUUCUAAAAACUAUUCAGACGAUAUGUCGAGACACAAACAGCUCGUCUCACAAGGCUUCUGGCUGGGAAAACGGUCAUAUCCUCCUUGCCGCGGAUACCCUUUCGAGCGACAUUCAAACUCAGGCAAACAUUUCCUUCUCUCUAGAGGUGUGGAUAUCGCAUUCUACCCUCUUCGUGCGACAGCUCAUAGCCCCGGUUAACGUUGCGGCGGAAAUGGUCAAAUAUCAGAUUGAAGCAUAUGCAGAUAUUCUACUAUCGCUGCUUAACAAUUACGAACAACCAGUCGCGCAGGCCACCAGAGUCGGUAAACUCGAGACGAGCCGACUCUGGCGCUGGAAUGCGGUUUUACCUCCAACCAUUCGCCAAUGCAUGCACGACAUCAUCUCUGAAAAGAUGUCACAAUAUCCGGACAAACAAGCUGUCGUGUCUUGGGAGGGAGAACUUUCUUAUAGGCAGCUGGAUGAUCUAUCAUUUCACCUAGCCCUCGAUCUCGUGAAGGCUGGUGUUGGGAUCGGCACUGUCAUCCCGUUAUGCUUCGAGAAAUCGAUUUGGACCGUGGUCGCACUUUUGGCUGUGAUGAGAGCUGGAGGAACCUUCGUUCUUACCGAUCCACAGCAACCAGAAGGAAGACUCCGUGUCAUAGCAGAAGAAGUUGCCGCUCAGUUUGUGCUCGCUUCUCCCCAACAAAAAGACCUUGCAAUGCAGAUUGCACCCCCAUCUGCAAAAGUUAUCACAGUGGGACCCGAGCUCCUGAAAGUCCAGAGAGACUCAGGAGCAAAGGCACUAGAACAAGUGCCAUCUUCUGCCAUUCUUUAUAUCAUUUUCACUUCCGGAAGCACGGGAAAACCCAAGGGGGUUGUCAUCUCCCACGAGAACUUCACCACCGGCGCAAUUCCGAGAGCUGAAGCUGUGGGCUACAAAUCACACUCACGAGUCCUGGACUUCCCUUCCUACGCAUUUGAUGUCAGUAUUGAUUGCAUGCUCUGUACACUGGCGCAGGGUGGAACUAUCUGUGUACCGUCCGACGAUCAACGCGUCAAUGAUCUCAGUGGAGCAAUUCAGGCCAUGCAAGUCAACAUGGCGCAUAUGACACCCUCAGUGGCGCGGCUGUUGAGCAUUGAUGUCAUGGCAUCUUUGGAAGUCCUCGGGCUUGGAGGAGAAUCGUUAUCUGCUGGAGACGCCGUGAAUUGGAGCAAAGUGACGAGGCUCAUCAUCGCAUAUGGUCCAUCAGAAUGCACAGUGGGAUGCACCAUUAACAGCGAUGUUGUGGCAGGCAGGUCCUACACCAGCAUUGGGGUCGGAAGGGGAGGAACUACCUGGAUAGUCGACCCUGAUGACCACAAUGUUCUCACACCUCUGGGAGGAGUUGGCGAGCUCUUGGUAGAGGGCGGCCUCGUUGGUGUGGGAUAUCUGAACGAGCCACAAAAGACCGCAGAGGUCUUCAUUGAGGAUCCAACAUGGCUGCUUGCGGGUUGUGAAAAUGUACCUGGCAGGCAUGGCCGCUUAUACAAGACGGGUGAUCUGGUCCGGUAUGAUCCUGAUGGUUCUGGCUCUAUCGUCUUUGUUGGACGCAAGGACCGUCAAGUCAAGUUAAGAGGUCAGCGUGUCGAGCUUGCAGAAGUCGAAUACCAUCUCCGAACGAGAUUACCUCCAGACUCGGCUGUUGCAGCUGAAGUCAUCACACCAGGAAACAAAAGUCGCGAGCCAACGUUAGUCGUCUUUGUUGCAGAGCCGCGAUCAAGCCAACCCCUGACGUUGGACGAUGCCACAGCUGUGCAAUUCUCUAAGGAGUUCCUUCAUGCUCUUACAGAAGCAGACAAGGAGAUUGCUACAGAGCUUCCCCGAUACAUGGUUCCAUCUGCAUAUAUUCCACUACAAGUGAUGCCCCUUUUAGUGUCGUGCAAGGUAGACCGAAAGCGACUACAGGAGAUCGGCCUUGGUAUGACACCUCAGCAACUAGCAGGCUAUCGAGCUUCCACUGCGCCUGUUAAGGAAAGCCCGACGACAGAAGUUGAAAAGUUGUUCAUUCAGGUUUGGAAGCAAAUUCUGUUGAUGCCCAAUGAGGAGAUUGGCCUGAAAGACAAUUUCUUCGCACUGGGAGGAGAUUCCCUCAAAGCCAUGAGACUCGUGGCGAUGGCGAAAUCCAGGAACAUUUCUCUGACAGUUUCCGAUGUCUUCUCUCAUCCAACUCUCCACGCGAUGGCAUCCAAGGCGAAACAAGGAAAUGAAAAUCAAGACCAGGAAAUCCCUCCACUUUCCCUCCUUCCGGGGAGCUGGCCCAACAAAGUCGCAAGGGUUGAGGUUGCAAGGUUCUGUGGACUAGAUGAGUCGUCCAUUGAGGACAUUUAUCCAUGUACGCCCUUGCAAGAAGGACUGUUGGCACUCUCUGCCAAAGUGAGUGAAGCAUACGUUGCUCAACGAGUCGUUACUGUGCGGGAUUCGCUCACAGCCGAGCGGCUUCGUGCGGCAUUUACAACAGUCUCCUUGGAUUGCCCGAUUCUACGCACCCGCAUAGUUCACAUUCCUGGCCGUGGUUUGUUCCAGGUUGUUGUCAGGCAGAUGCCGACCUGGACCUCAACAGUCGGACUUGAGCAAUAUCUCCAAGAUGACCGAUCUCACAGCAUGGGCCUGGGUGAACCACUUGUACGAUUUGCCCUUGUAUCACACAAAGACAAACCAGACGUGAGCGUUUGUCUGACUAUCCAUCACGCAUUAUACGACGGUUGGUCAAUGCCACUCAUAAUCGAUCGUGUCAACAGGACAUACCAAGGGCAAAAGACGAAUACCCCAACACCCUUUUCCGCCUUCGUCAAAUAUCUCAGUCAGGGACGCCAGGUUGAAUCCGAGUCGUAUUGGAAGAAGGAACUGGGAGGGUUUUCAGCAACACAAUUCCCAUUCCUGCCCAAUCCCAACUAUCAGACCCAUGCAGAUGCACUGGUGGAACAUUUCGUGAAGCUGACGGCAAACCUUAGCACUGGAAUCACCGUCGCCACCAGCAUUCGGGCGGCGUGGGCUCUGGUUGCAGCAAAAUACGCCGACACAAGCGAUGUGGUGUUUGGCGAGACGCUCACAGGUCGCAAUGCGCCCAUCACUGGAAUCACGGAGAUCGAGGGACCUCUCAUCACUACGGUGCCUUGGCGAAUCCUCGUUGACAGAGAGAUAAAAGUCUCGGAUUACUUGCAGAGUGUCCGAGAUCAGGGAAUCGUCCGCAUUCCACACGAGCAUCUCGGUCUGCAGCAUAUCCGCCGUCUCAGCGCUGAAGCGAGACUUGCGUGUGACUUGCGGACUGGAAUUGUGCUGAAUUUGAUCGAUACUGCCGAUGACAGGACCACUGGAACUGACGAGGACCGUCCGGCCGAUGGUUUCGUUCCUGUCGAUGACAUGGAGGCAGCUCGUGAAGCACUCAAAUUCAACUCGUAUGCAUUGAUGCUGGUCUUCUCAGUCACACCAGAGGGAGUGCUCGUCAUGGCAAGUUUUGACUCGAAUACGAUAGAUGAAAAGCAGCUACAAGUCAUCUUGCAAGACUUCGACGCUACACUACAGCAACUACAGCACGAUCCUGAGGCCAAACUUGGAGAUCUCGACGUCACAAAAACUUCGGAUGUUCAGAACGCUGCUUGGUCUCAAAAGGGGCUGCAAAGCGUCUUAGAGUCGCGCCCUGAGGUAUCGAAAGCGCGAGGAACUUGGAUUGUGGAUCCAAAGAAUGCUGAGCGUUGUGUCGCUAUCGGCGAGGUCGGCGAGCUUUUGGUCGAAAGCACCAUCAAGCUUCCACUACCAGCAAUUAAUUCUCCUCAAUGGCUGCUCCAAGGUACAACUGAUACUGUUGGGGAUGAACACCGCCUUUAUUCUACAGGGUUGGAUGCCAGAUACAGAUAUGACGGUACAAUUGAGAUUGUUGAAUCGAAGCAACAGCAGUCGUCCUCAGACGUUGCAGAGGCGUCAGCAGCGCCGGUGGAUCUACCUUUAGGUACCUCCGACAAGCAGCAGAAACUUCUCCGGCUUUGGAGCCGUAUCCUUGAUAUAUCAGAGGGUGAUAUCUCGCCUGCAAAUACCUUUUUCGAACUUGGUGGAGAUUCCAUCGGAGCCAUGAAGCUCGUUUCUGAAGCACGCACCGAGGGCUUGGAAUUGACCGUGGCUCAAGUAUUCCUUCACCGGCGCCUAUCAGAGAUGGCGAAUGUAGCCACAUUGCUGAAGAAGGCUCAAGACACUACCGUGGUGACCAAGCCCUUCACAGGUCUCGAUGUACCCGACAUUGAUGCUUUCCUAUCACAAGUGGUGAGACCCCGUUUGGCCGACCAGAGUUGGACGGUCGAUGAUGUUUUACCAGUGCGACCCAUGCAGAGGAUUGCUAUUGAAGGCACCUUCCGCCUCCCCCGGUUUUCAGCACGUUAUGAAAUUUUCUAUCUGAAUCCUGGGAUCGACCGAGCUCGUCUCCUCCAGAGUUGUCAAGACCUGGUUGCGCAAAACGAAAUCCUCAGAACCGUCUUUGUCGGGGUUGAAGGAAAAUACUUCAGCGUUGUGCUCGAGAAAUUGUUGGCGCCCAUUGCCGAGUUUGAGAUUGAAGGUGAUAUGUCGGUCUUCUCCAAGGGUCUUUGCAACCUCGAUAUCCAGACCAAAAUGCCACUUGGGUCAAGCUUCGUCAAAUUUUUCUUUGUGCGUGGGGAACAAGGCAACAGCUGUCUGAUCUUCAGGAUCUCUCAUGCCCAAUACGAUGAGAUUUGCCUCCCGCUUAUGUUUCAACAGUUGUCGGCUCUCUAUGAGGGGAAGUCUAUGCCCAAGUCAGUGCCAUUCUCGUCAUUUGCCCGUCAUGUUGUGGAAGACAAUGUCCCAAAAAGCAUUUCCUACUGGCGUGAGCUUUUGAACGGCGCCAGCAUGACCAAACUUCAGCCGGACAUCCCUUUGACAAACACCACUCCAGUUGCAGUCCACAAGACCUUUUCACUGUCUAAUUGGGAUAAGGAGAUAACUCUUGCGACGCUACCGACAGCAGUCUGGAGUCUUUGUCUCGCCCGCCAAGUUGCUUCGCAGGAUGUGACCUUUGGUGAAGUUGUCAGUGGGCGUGGAAUUGGGUUCCCGAACGCCGACUUGGUUGCCGGACCUUGUUGGCAGUAUAUUCCUGUGAGAGUGAAGUUUCAACCUGAAUGGACCGGGGUUGACUUGCUCAAACAUAUUCAAAAUCAACACAUUCAAAGCAGUCGGUUUGAAGGCAUGGCGUUGGAGGAGAUUGUAAAAUAUUGUACGGACUGGCCUGAAUCCAUCGACUGGUUUGACUCGGUGGUCCACCAAGAUGUCGACCAUGUCGAGACAUUGAAUUUCCUCUCGUCCACGAGUCGACUGGAGACAUAUUACCCUCAUCUGGAACCCUUACGAGAAUGGAAGAUCCAGGCAUUCUUCCAAGGAGACAAUCUGACCUUGGAAGUCGUGACAUACGAGUCUUACCUGGACUUCGCCAAUGAGCUUCUCGGCAAUCUUGGGAAUGCUUUGGAACAGUUGGUCAACGAGCCGAACACUCCUCUGUUCAAAGAUCUAGUGCACACGGCUACAAACGGUGACCACAUUGUCGUCGGUAUAGAGACGAAAUUGGUGUUGAGCCCUUCUGAGAACAGCCCUUCGACACCACAAGCGGCCAAUGGCUCACCACUUUUGCAGAUGGCUGAUGGAACCAUUGACGAGCUUCACAGCAUUACGCUCGAGGGUGCUCAACUUGCAAAGACUGUAGCUUUACAUGAGCAUGUCACGGCAGACAAAUUCAGCAAGGCGAUUUUGACCAACGGAGAACAGGCGUGACUUUCCAGCAAGGAGGGGGAAAGGGGGUGAAGAAUAGGUGACUCAACUUGACGUAGUCCUCUUCAGAUAGGUGAUAUUCGAAAUUUUCAUGCGACUUCAUAACGAAAUGCAAAAGUUUUAUAGCGUUGGGACUUUGGAAUGGCGAUAUAUCUGCGCCAGGAGGGCCUAUGUAUGCAACGGAUGCUCGAGAAGAGUGCUGACGGAUGAAUAAAGUUCUUCCAUAAUUAUCGUAUGGAUCAUGAGUGAGACGGUGCCAAGAAAUCUCCUUUUCCGUCAGCCUCGUCUACCACCUGCACCUCCUUCUGCGCU